AUGGAGGCCAAAUUGGUCGCCCAGUGCAACAAGUGUCACCUCUUCUUCGAAGCUGCUGGUAUCAGUCAACAUCGCUCCCGAUGUGGUGCCAAUCUGAAGCGAGCGACCGAGGCGUUGUUUCAUGCGGCUGGACACGACCUGCUUGAGAUUAUGCGUGGCGCUUGGCCCCAACAGUGUGUAGGGUCUCGCGUCAGUGUCUGUGAGCUGCUCAAGCUCGCCCGGCAUCCACUGAUGCAGCGCAGCCGCUACCCAUCCAACGCCACCGAGACCAAGCUGAUGGCUGCCACCCUGAGCCAGCUGUAUUGGUCUGCCGUCCACUCGGACUAUACCGCUGAAGAGCGAGAGAUGUGCUGGGCUUUGAUUUUGGCCUUGCCUAGCAUGUUGUUGUCUGCUCCCUCGACCGCACUGUCUACGAUUGACCUGCGCAAUAUGUUUCACGAUCGUCUCCGUUGGCUUGUGACGGGGCAACUAGCCCAACCCCCGACCACCUCGCAAGCCUGCAUCAAGGUGGGCGCUGCCCUUCGCCGAGCCGAAAAGGAGAAGCGCGACUACUACACCGGUUUCAACCAUGGAAAAACUCUGAUCGUCCCUGCGGCGAUGACGACAACCGGUGGGUUCGCCUCCUCCUUUGUGGAUCUGCUUGGUCAGCUCGCCCGCUGCGCCGAGGCCCGUGGUGUGUACCAGCCGGGGCUGGAUGAGGCCUUUGUUCCUCGAUGGAAGGGUCGCUUUGCGGCGCUGGUCCAUCAGAUGAACGCUGACCACAUCCAGCGCCACUUUGGCGGUGUCUGCCUGCGCUCGUCGUAG